GUUUGGAUUCUUUCACAUGUGCAGGAACCUGGCUCAGCCCACUACCAGGCAAACAGAAGCAGCAGCCUCUGACUGGGUUCUGGGCAAACACGCCAAGCCGGGUCUGGAUGAAGGAGGGAGCUGGGCUGUACUUUGCCCUCGUGAAUCAGCCCAUGGAGGCUGGGCAAUUGCAAAGGUAGCUGACAGGCUAUAGAUCUGAGAGCCAGGAAGAUAAAAUAACUACACAGCUGACUCAAAACACUAGAGAAAUUCAGAAGAUCUAGGAUGGAACCUUGGAUUCCCCAGAGGCUGCCUCAGCCAUUGGGGAGGCCCCCAGCACCAUCAAAGGAUCCAGACCGAGGGCUUCGGAGAGAUAGAUACUAUCAGCCUAUUCCUCACUCUUGGCACAAUGGAGAGAGGGUCCAUCAAAGGCAAGACAUGGGCAGGAGCCCCCAGCCACAGCAGGACCCCAGAGCAGACCACCAGGAGCCUCACUAUGCAGCCAGAUCUGGGGAAUGGCAUCCACCUGUGCCCGGGGUUGACUAUUAUGAAGGCGGUUAUCCCAGUCAGUUGUAUUCAAGGUGGAGCAUUGAGGAUCUCUAUCAGAGCUAUUACUCUCCAGCCCUAAGGGAAGAAUAUGCUUAUGGAAGUUAUUACUACCAUGGAUACCCGCAGCAGCUUCAGGAAGAAAGAGUGCCAAGGCAAGGGAGUCCUUAUAUCUGGCAGGAAGAUCAUCGAGAUCAAAAGUACCUCAGUGAGCAUCAACAUGAAAACCAGAAUAGUCCAUUUGGAACAAAUAGGGAGACCCAGUUCCAAUCUAAGAGUCGGAAUCCUUAUAAAGACAGUCCUGGACAGGAGAGGCCCGGGGACCUGUUCAUGGAGAGUCCGCUAACUGGGGCACAGAAAAACAAGCCAUCACUGAUGGAGGAGUCCAACCUUCUCUGGCAGCAUGAGUCUGGUCUCACCUCCAGCAGCUAUGAGCUCAGUCAGUACAUGGCAGAUGCUUCCGAGCUCUAUGACCCCAGGACUUCAGCAGCCUGGAGCCCAGUUCAGGCUGAGGACAUCUCAGCAGCUGGUCCCAAGGAACCCAUGAAGUUCUAUGUCCCUCACAUGCCUGUGAGUUUUGGGCCAGGAGGUCAGCUGGUGUGUGUGAGUCCCAGCUCUCCCAGUGAUGGACAGACAGCCCUUGUUGAACUGCACAGCAUGGAGGUUAUUCUUAAUGAUUCUGAGGAACAAGAAGAGAUGAGGACUUUCUCAGGACCGCUGAUCAGGGAAGAUGUGCACAAGGUGGACAUCAUGACGUUUUGCCAGCAGAAGGCAGCACAGAGCCGCAAAUCUGAGACACCGGGGAGCAGAGACUCGGCUCUACUCUGGCAGCUGUUGGUUCUCCUUUGUCGGCAGAACGGGUCCAUGGUGGGGUCUGACAUCGCCGAGCUGCUGAUGCAGGACUGCAAGAAGCUGGAGAAGUACAAGCGGCAGCCGCCUGUCGCCAACCUCAUCAACCUGACGGACGGGGACUGGCCAGUGCUGAGCUCGGGGACCCGGGACCUGCUCACCGGGGAGAUUCCUCCCAGCGUGGAGACUCCUGCGCAGAUCGUGGAGAAAUUCACCAAGCUGCUCUACCACGGAAGGAAGAAGGAAGCCUUGGAGUGGGCCAUGAAGAACCAUUUGUGGGGCCAUGCUUUAUUCCUCUCCAGCAAGAUGGACCCAAGGACCCACAGCUGGGUCAUGAGUGGCUUCACCAGCACGCUGGCGCUCAACGAUCCACUGCAGACUCUCUUCCAGCUCAUGUCGGGGAGGACCCCACAGGCAGCCACGUGUUGUGGGGACAAGCAGUGGGGAGACUGGAGGCCACACUUGGCAGUGAUUCUGUCGAAUCAGGGUGGGGACCCGGAGCUGUACCAGCGCACGAUUGUCACCAUGGGGGACACCCUGGCUGGGAAGGGGCUGGUGGAGGCUGCUCACUUCUGCUACCUCAUGGCUCACGUGCCCUUCGGCUACUACACCGUGAAGACAGACUACUUGGCCUUGCUGGGCAGUAGCCACAGUCAAGAGUUUUUGAAAUUUGCAACAACUGAGGCUAUCCAGAGGACGGAAAUCUUCGAGUACUGUCAGAUGCUGGGCCAUCCCCAAUCCUUCAUCCCUUCUUUCCAGGUGUAUAAGCUCCUUUAUGCUUCCCGUCUGGCAGAUUAUGGCCUCACGUCCCAGGCCUUGCAUUACUGCGAAGCCAUUGGCACAGCCCUCCUGAGCCAUGGAGAGAGCAGCCACCCUGUGCUAUUAGUGGAACUCAUCAAGCUGGCAGAGAGACUGAAGCUGUCAGAUCCUCUGGUUUUAGAUCGCCACCGCCACCGAGGAGACAGGGACCUGGAGCCGGACUGGCUGGUGCACCUUCGGGGGCGCCACAGGGAGCUGCAGCGAAAGGAAGCAGGAGGCGUUGGGGGUCCUCAGUCUGCUCAAGUGGUUAUUUCAGAAGCCGGAAAAACUCCAGAAAACACUUUCUAUCAGGAUCUUUCUGGACCUCAAGGCAACUCAGAAGCCUAUGGUGACCACUCUGCUCUGUGGCCAACUCCGGAGCAGUCGGGCCCGGCCCAGCUCAGCCCACAGCAGCCCGGCUCCUACCCAACAGGUGGCGGUUCUGGGCAGAUGGGGGUCCCAGUGCCUCUCUCCUCAGUUCCUGAGACCCAUCUGCUGGGGCCCAUUGGCAGCAUGGCAGUGACAGGGGCUCCCGGAGGAACAGCCUGGGAGGAAGCCCAGCAGAUACACCUGGCCCCUGGAGAGAACACAGUGUCUCCAGAAACCCUCCAGCAUCCUGGUGGGCAGAAGGCUGUUUCCAGACUCCAGGUGCCACUGAUUCCCAGAGCUCGAAGUAUUUCCGAGAGUCCCACCGUAUCCGUCAAGGAGGAUGGGGAGGAGUCCUCCGAGGAGGCAGAUAAAAAAUCUUCCCAAAAUACCAUCCAGAGAGAAAAGCUCGGAAACGUGAAGGAGAAUGCAAAGAGCUCAAGGUUUGGCUGGUUCAGCUGGUUCCGCUCGAAGCCCACCCACAAUGCAUCCCCCUCUGGAGACGAAGACUCGUCCGACAGCUCGGAUUCUGAGGAGAUGCCCAGGGCAGCGUCUCCACCUCAGCCCAGCCCAAGCCUCUCACUGACACCUCCCCCAGAUCCCCAGUCUCUGCUGGGUGCCAGUGCCUUCUCCAGGGACACAGGUGGAGAUGAAGGCCGAGGGCCUGGUGCUGGGACAGCUGAGGGCCUGGGGAGUGGAGGCUUGUCGGGACCUGAGGGUGUUUCCAGUGAGCUCUACUUCAACGCUGGUGUUCUGCCUCCCCCAACCCCUGUGAAAGGGAGUGUUCCUCUCUACAACCCAUCUCAGGUUCCCCAGCUCUCCACGGUUACCAGCCUGAACCGGGCAAAUCGCCUAGCUCAGCGCCGCUAUCCAACCCAGUCAUGAUGAGAAGGACCACCCAUCCCAGGCUGGUCUUCCUGAAGCACAACUGUUAUGUUGCUCUUGUUUCUUAAUUUCCCAGCCCCUCUGCCAUAUUUGGGCCCCGAAGAGGGUUGUGCUAGCCAGUUGCUUCCACUGGGUAUGGAGAAAGCAAAGGGACAGCGUCUCCCAGGACAUAGCUCAGUUCAAUCUCUUAAGAUUAGCUUCACAGUGAUGGUGGAAAUGACUUCUUCAGGUGGAAAAGCUGGGUAUAUCAUCAGUCUGGAGGGGAGUGGAAUGCCAUGAUGGCAGCAUUAAGGAUGCGGCUGUAGAUCCUUGGAAAAAUCAGGGCUUAAGAAUUCCUCUGCGGGAAUCGAAGAUAACAGCACUGGACUCCGCAGCAGCAGUUACUGGGGGAGAGGCACUCAGAGCAAUAUUCUAGAUUAACUUGACUCCUUCCACAGCCUUAGUUACAGACCAAUUCAUGGCUCUCGUUAGCGAAGGAUUUUUGAAUCUUGGAAACUCGAUCGUUGUUUCCUGUCAUCAUUCUCUCUUGGGUGACAUUUCGGCAGUUUCCUUCUUGGUUUUGGUUUGUGCACAUUUUUUUUUUAAUGUGGUUCAGAUUAAUUAUAUUUCUCUCACUUUCUUAGCUGGUCCUAUUUUUUCACAUUCUGGCAUCUGGCUAUCAAGUUAGAUUGCUGUAGGCAUCAUAUUGUCAUGGUAACUACUGAACCUAAUGAUGCAAAUGGAUGAAACAUCAGUGUAAUAAAGGACGGAAAAUGUUCCCUAAAAAUUCACCCCUUCCAUAAGACGAGAAUUGAGUGUCUGAGAUUGUUAAUACUUCCCUUCCUCCCUCAGGCCUUUGCAAAUUGAUGUUCAGAGGGUCAGAGGAGCCCGAGGGAGGAGGGGGCCAUCUCGGAAAUUUCCAUUUCUCCUUUCAAACCCCCAGUAGGAAUGACUCUUGCUGUCUGUCAGAUUUGUUGAAAAUUGCUCCUCACAAAGAACGUUUCUUUGUAUGUGUAAUUGUACAUACAGGUUUUGUACUUUAAUGUACUACAGUUAUGAUGUUGAUAGCGAUUAAAGCAAAUAAUUUUAUAGCAGAUGCUCGUCUCUGGCUGAUUUUUGCAGAGAGAGUACACACUGCGUACUGAGACUGUGUACUCAGUCUCUUCCCUGAGGUCUUUCUAAUAAUGGUUUCAUUGGGUGAUAAGGUGCAGACAGCUGGAAAAAGCCCUUAACUAAUGAAGAAUCUAGGGACUGAUCCUCUUAACUUGUCUACCGUUAUUUUUACAAUUAAAAAAAAAAGAAC